UCAAUUACUUUGCCGCGUUCAUAGAGCUAAAUUUAAAUUUAGAAUUUCAUGGUGUUUACCAGCAGAACCUUGCCGGCGUACCUUUCAUUUCAUUUUACGCAAUAUUUGAGACGUGCCAGUGCAACGCGCAUCUGGGUCAAGUGUUAACUUUUAUUUAUUAGGAAACAGACAAACAAAUCCGAGAUGUACUAUUUAUAACCUCAAAACUUGUUUAUACAUUCAGCCGCCAUUUUCCAAUUGUCAAUUUCACCCCUGGCCUUAAACUUGGCGCAUGCGUAGUGAGCGCGUCGCAAACAUCGAAUUAUGGCGUAAAUAAUCUAGUUUUCACCUAAUUCAGCGCCUAGAAUGUUGUCAUGGACGCUUAAAAUAUUAUAAAAAGGUUUUUGGUGCUCAGUUUUAUAUGAUAAAGUUUCUAGGUUGUGAAAGAGUUCCGAUUUUGAAUUUGCAGUGCGGCGCGGCAGUGACCUCUGACACCGGCGGCCAUAUUGGCUAGACACCGCGUUCUAAUGGCUUGAACCGUAAAUCGUAUGAGAUUAGGGUUCGUAACGGUCUAUUAAGGCUGGUCUCAGCUGUUUUCAAAAAUCGAAUGUCUGCUUUACCGAAAAAUCGCCGACGUUCAGUUUGACGUCAGUUACCGAACGGCGUGGACGAUUUAAUAUCCGACCAUGUAAUGGUCACAGAGAAUGUAACUUUUCAAACAGUGAAACUUAGUGUAUUUAUUUUGGUGAAUUUUGUGUGUGUAAAAAUUAUAGUUCUAUUUUUAAAAUCCUGUGAUAUUAGUUUAAGUGAUCCAGUGAAUAAAAACUGCAAGCAUGGUCGGUGCCCCAGAUGCCAUCAAACCCGUGGAUAAGAUCGACGACUACUCGCCCCAGCUAAACGGCAACCCCAUCUUUACUAUUAGCGAUGAGAAACUGGCAGACACAGGGGUCACGAUGGGUUCUAUAAACAGCAACGGGGACCUCUGCCCGGGGGACCCGCCGGACAAAAAGAUUACAGAAGCAGACGCAGAGAAACAACCACUUUCUGGCAAAAAGGAGGAAAAAUGGUGGACGACAAUGAUGCAGGUGGCGGUGCCGUUCUUCAUCGCUGGCUGCGGCACCAUCGGCGCCGGUAUCGUGCUAGGGCAUGUCAGGAACUGGGAAGUGUUUUUGAACGUCUCAGCUAUAUUCGUGUUGGUGCCAUCUCUCUCUGGACUUAAAGGCAACCUGGACAUGUGUCUGGCGUCCCGUCUGUCCACGCAGGCCAAUCUCGGGAACAUGACGUCCACGAGGGAAAUUCUGUCCAUGGUCGUCGGAAAUGUGUCGUUAGUACAGGUACAAGCCAUAGUAGCAGCGACGGUGGUAGCCAUCUUCGCCAUCGUCAUCAACAUCAUCACCGACAAAACCUUCAAUGGGGACUACGUGCUGCUACUGAUCUCGUCAGCUGUGUUCACUGCGACUACGACUUGUUUUAUACUAGAUUUCGUACUUGUUAUGGUGAUCAUCGGCUCUCACCGUUUCAAGGUGAACCCGGACAACGUGGCCACGCCACUAGCGGCCUCUAUCGGCGACAUCGUCAGUAACUCCGUCUUGGCUGUCACUGCGCAGUACAUGUACGAGCAGAUACAUAUAAUUCCUCCCAAGGAAGAGGCCACAGGCCAAGAGGUUCAGGCUGACGUUGGCCCCACGGAGCCCGUUAAAAUUGAAACUUCCCUGUGGCAACCCAUCGUGAUCAUCUGUGUGUACUGCAGCCUGCUCCCCGUCUGGGUAUUCAUCGUGUAUCGCAAUAAACACACAAAACCUGUCCUCACAACUGGUUGGACUCCUGUUAUUUCUGCGUUGUUCAUCAGUGGAAUCGGUGGUAUCGUCCUUGACCAAGCUGUGGACCGUUUCACGGGCUACGAGGUGUUCCAGCCCAUCGUCAACGGCAUCGGUGGAAACCUGGUCUGCGUACAAUCAUCCAGGCUAGCAACGCAUCUGCAUCAAACAGCGAUUCCAGGAGUUCUGCCCGAGGGGUCCAGGCUUGUGGAGUGGCCUUGGAAGACGCUGUUCUUUGGAACCGCCGCAGCCAAGGUGGCCCGCAUGCUGCUAGUCCUGGCCGUGUUCGGCCAGAUCAUCUUCAUGAUCGUGGCCGACUGGAUCUACAUGGGCUACGUGUCUAUUGGCGUCGCCUUCGGGAUCACGUAUCUCAUCUGCUCCUUGUUGCAAGUAAUGGUGCUUCUAUACCUGGCGUACAUGCUAAUCCAUCUCAUGUGGAAACGGAAGAAGGAUCCCGAUAACGCAGCCAUCCCUUACCUGACGGCUUUGGGGGAUCUCCUAGGCUCUGUGUUCCUCGGCCUGGCGUUCGUGACUCUGGCCGCCAUUGGGGAGGACUAUGGGGUUUAGCUUUGACUUGUAAGUCGUCAGGGCUAUAAUUGUUAAUUUCCAGUGAAUGGAGGCUAUCCAUUUAAUAAAUAGAGCUAUUAGGAGCAACGGACGAAGGUGUAGGUAGAUGCAUAUCGACAUUGCCUAACUUGUCUAGUUUGAUGUUUAGACAAUUUUGACAACCUAUUUAGGUACUCUACGAGGGCAAGUUUAAUAUGUAUCGGCAUUUAUUUUUUCUGUUUCCGAUUGUCAUGUUUUUUUAAAUUUUAUCCGCUGCUUGAUGUUUAGGAUCAUCCAAAUUCCAUUUCCUCUUAUACAGGGGAGUGGGUAAUGUGAGAUUCGUUUUUACGAGUUUUUGUUAUGGUUACGGACUUUUAUUGUUAACUUAUUUAGGUUUUUUUUUUAUAUUGGACAUUUUGUAGUGUAAGUAUUGACUAUCAAAUUAGCUUAAGCCCUAAAUGGCUCAAUCAUUAAAGUCCGUAACCAUACUGUUCGGAGGGUGAAAGAUUUUUACAAGUUUAAGUUUAUAAAUGUGUUAUUUUUAUUAUUUUAUAGUAUACCAAAGCUACGCUUUAAGGUAUCUGUGCAAUUUUAAUACAUUCCUUCAUUUUAAUGUCGUUUAGUAUUUUAUUUGGAUUUAUUGUAAAUAUUCAGUAUUCAAAUUCAAUAAAAGAGAGUAAAUACAGUAUUUUGCUGAAAAUUCUGAAAUUAUAAAGACAUUUAAGUAGUUUUAGCGGUGCCAACGUUACUUAUGUAGGUACUUCAAAAUGACGAAUAGAUUAGGUGUGAUAUUUUUAUAAUGGUUUCGGUGGACAUACUAUAAUAAUAGAAAAAUAGUAUUAGAAAGCAUUUAUAAACAUUAUUAAGCAUCAAGACAAGGGAAAUGUCAUCUCUGACUUUUUGAUGAAAGAGUAUUUUCUUGAAAUGAUAAAGCUAAUUACUUAAAUAAAAGUAAACAAACAUUUGUACAUUUUCGGGUAGUUAUAAUUAUAACAUUUAUUAACCAACCAUAUACAAAACCGGCUGGAUCAGUCACUGAACGAUCUGACUUUAACCUACAUUAUUUGAUCAUGUAAUGUUUUCAUCUACCCUCAACUAGGUUAAGGAGCCAUUUUAAGGUAGAUUUUGUUUACUUUUAUUUAAAUACAUAAAGAUACAGAGUAGAUGUAGAAGCUACAUCCUAAAUUUAUGUUUUGUUUUUAUUUUUAAUUGCUUUGACUUUGAUAAAGUCUCAUGGUAUCUGCAUCACAUUAAUCGCAUAAUAUCUUCAAAACGUUUUAUAAUCUUUAGGCAUAUUACUUUAGAAAUGCCGAAAAAAUACCAACCUAUUUAUAUUUUAGACUAAAAUACAGUCUGUCAUACUAAAUUGUCAGUAGAAAAAAUUACGGUCGAAUUCAUAACCUCCUCUUUUUGGAAGUUGGUUAAAAAGACAUGAAAUCAAACGUUCACGCCUUUAUUUUUCGCGUUUGCCUUUUUCUAGUGACAAAGUUAUACAUGUUUUUUUUAUUUAAUUUGUUAUGUAGAUGAUAAUUAUCGAUCUUUUACUAGGUGACUCGCAUGGAGGCCUUAAAUUAGUCGAUUAAAAACAAAGACGUAGCUACUAAUGUGAUAUUUUGCUAAUUAUUCCCUAAAUGAUGACUUUCUCUUUUGCGACAAUGGAUGGACAAAUUAAUAGAUUCGGUAGGGGUGAUCAAGAUCAGUAUAAUCUUCAUUCGGAACUGUAAUUUAGAUAGGCAUUUUAUGUAAUGCUGUAUGUUUUUUUUACAUUAUAAUACUAUGAUAUAUGGCUUCAUUCAGGUUAAAUGCAAAAUAUGCAUAAAAAGUAUUUUGUAAAAUGUAAGCUCAAUGAUGAUUGUCGCUCAUUUUAGUCGAACAGUUUUUUUUGGGAAAUUAGUACUGCGGUAGGUUCUAACUUGGAUGGGAUGCCUAUUUUAUUAAGUUUUAAUGAUCAUCUCCUGAAUCACCCCGUAGGUAUACGAAAAACGUUGGAAUUAUUAUCGUGGAGUAGAUUAUACCAUAUCGGAGUAAAUUGUGGAGUGUAAUUAGGUAGUAAUAGUUGUUUCUGCUCUAACAUGAAAUUUGUACUACUUGUAUUAGUAGUGCGGUUACCAUUAGUUAUAAUAGUAGUUUAUGUGACUGCUACAUAAUGAAAGGCAUUAAAACACGAGUGUGGGUUUAUGAAACGAACGAAGUGAGUUUCACAACAGGAUCACACAUGUGUUUUAAUACCUUAUUAUAUACAGUUAUGUAGAUUGUUUUAUCUUCACACAUAUUGUAAGCUCUAAAUGAUGUGUUCAGAAAUCGCAAUAAUUAUUGAGGGUGUAUGAUAUGUGUGUAGAUUAAAUUAAUUAAUUUUACUGUUUGAGUGAUUACUUAACGAACUAUUAUGUAGUUUUAUACCUUUUUCCGAGUCCAUGUUCUUUGGUGUUAGCUGAUGUCUAAUAAAAUAAAAAUAUUACCAUCUAAAUAUAUCAAAAAUUGACCCAUAAAUUACUUAAGUAAUUGUUAUUUGAAACCUGUGGAGCUAAAAGAAUGGACAUGUUCCACAUUCCAAUAAUAUUUACUGACAUAUCAAAUGAUAUGCUAUCAGUAAUAAGUACCAAAAUAAAACAUUAAGUUUUACCAUUUCCGGACCGAUUCGAGCCUUCAAGAAAAGAGCGUACCCCCAUCUUAAAGGCUGGCAACGUACUUUCAAUCCCUCUGGUGUUACGGAUGUCCAUGGGCGACGAUAAUUACUUACCGCCUCCUCAGGAUCCUACUAUUUAAUCGCAAUAAUAAAAGUAUUUAGAAUACAAAUCUAAAAGUCUUAACCUUCUUAGUUUUAAAUAAUCCACAGGUUUUAAAUAGCCAUAUUUAAUGAUUUAUAAUUAUGAGAAAAAGUCGGAAAUAUAAAAGUUAGUUUUUAAAGAUCAAGUUCGGUUAAUACAAUUUGUAUCUCUAUUCGAUGGAUGUUAGUUUUAGAGUUAGUUUAGCGAACAGAGUACAAUAAAAUUUAGUAGACAUUAAGAAUCCUAAAUAAUCAAUUAGGUAGUAUAAAGAGCAAUUUUAGUAAAUAUAUAAAUGGGUUUAUUGAGUGAAACAAAUUGUAACAUUUGUAAUUAACUUUAAGUUUAUAAAACUUAUAUAGACAUGAAUUUAUUAAUUUAGUUCGUGCUAAUGCAAAAUCUGACACGGCUGCAUUGAGAUAAAUAUUACUACUAUAGAGAAGCCAUACCAAAUAAUAAAAUUGUCGCAAUCAGGGGUCGGAAACCGGUAUUUGCUCCAUACAAAAAUACCGGUAUUAUUACGUUCGGUUUCGUUCUUUGGUUUAUGAUUUCAUUUUUAGUGAGACAUUCUAAUAAUACGAAGUUGUUACCUAAAUAUAUGACUCAGUCCUUCAUACAAAGCAUAUAAUAAUUCAAAAUAUUGGGCUAUUUCGGGGUUUUAAAAAAAUACCGGUUCCGAGCCCUGGUCGCAAUCGUAACCUGUACCACGUGACCAAAACGUCGUAAACACCGUAAAGUUCUUGGCGCUUACGCGUUUAGGUCGCGAGAUUCACGCUCCGCUUCUAUUGGCUUCUCUACACGAUGGGCCAACGCCGGCCACUCCAAGGGACGCAUUUAUGCGUUAGAGGGAGCAAGUGAUAUUGCUAUCUCAUUCUACCGCAUGGCUGCGUCCCUUGGAGUGGCUGGCGUUGGCCCAUCGUGUAGAGGAGCCAUAUGGUUUGUUGUCAAAUCAACAACAACGUGUGGUGCAAAUAUCUGUGACGUUUCUGUACGUAGCAAUAAUAGUUUAAUGCUCGGCUGUAGGUUUUAUUUCUAAUUUAUAUCAUUGUUAAUAAUAAUAGUGUGACGAAAUUUACAGCAAUUGACAAGUAAUAAUUUAGGUUAUUAUAACAUGUUCAUUGUAGUAUUGUGUUGUUAAUAGCUUUAGAACGGUGACAGCCGUCAUCUCAAUACAUAUUUUCGUUUUGUGAUGAUUGACCAUGCCAACAGAAAGUUGCGUCUUAUUAACGUCUUAUUUUGCGUAGUAAGUUGCAUAUGUCGGCGGCCGAUCGUAAGAUCAGGCAGAUCAUAAUGUACCUGUAUAAUGUUUUGACGAUAGUUACAUUAAACCAAUAGAUAGGCAGGAUAGGUUCGUUAGGUUGCUUCAGAUGCCCUAAGGGCAAACUGCCCAGAAAUAGGAGCCCGCGUGGCGGGGCUCCGUCGACUCAGCGAACGAGUCAAAGAUUUUCACGUUUCACAUAAUGCCUAGGAAUUUCACGAUAUGCCUGAUCUUACGAUCGGCCGCCGACAUAUAGACACGUGUACAUGUUAUAGAUAGUAUUUGAACACGUUUUAAGUUUAUAAAUUGUAUGAAGUUGUCAUCUGUCGCCGUACCUGAGGGGCUACCGCGAAAACCGAAAUUCGCAAAAUGCGGGGAUCUUUCUCUUUUACUCCAAUGAAGACAUGAUUAGAGUGACAGAGAAAAAUGCCCGCAAUUUGCGAACUUCGCGGUUAUAGCCCAGAGCUAUGUUAAAAGUAUUCUAAGCCACUGUUAUUAUUAAUAAUGAUAUCUGAACUGUAAUCAGGCUAUGACUAGAUUUAGUAAAAAUGUAGCCUUACCAGUAGUAAUUUUUAAUUUUUAAUAAUUGGUAUUAUUAUCAAGCGGUUAAAAAGGUCUAUAAUGACACCUUCCCUAAAAUGUAAGGCACAGUAACCUGAUUAUGCUUUGACAAUUCGUUAUGGUUUUGAUUUUUUUGAUACGACUAAUGGGUGCAUACGAUUUGUAGUGUAAGCCGCGCGUGUAGCAAUGCACCAAGGAGAAGUUUCCAAAGUUGCGAAACUUUCCAUACGGAAUGUUCUCAGAACUUAUAUUUUACGAACCAUAAAAAUUAUUCAGGAAGUCGCUGGACACAGCCGUUAUCAAUUAUUUUAACUGACUGUCUUAUUUACGAGUUUAUUAAAAUAAUACUAAUAGUACAUUUUUUGAUAAUUCUCAUAGGGAAUGUUCUCAUUGGAAAUUUAAUUUAAAUUCUCGUGUAAGUUUCCGGAAAUUCCCGAGAAUGUUACUGAUCUUUUGAGAAUGUUCUGCAACUUGUACAUUGCUACGCGCGUGAUAUAGGUUCACGCAUUGGCAUUACCUUGACGAGAUCAAAUUCGUAUUAAAACCAUAACAAAUUAUUAAAUUAGAAUUGACCCCAAGGUAUAUUUUAAAAACAUAAAUUGCAUAGUUCUGCAAUUUGCUCACAUGUAAAUCAAUAAACAAAUUCUAAAAUAUAUUAUUUUUACUACCUCUGACAUGAAAUGCCAUAUAUAGAAUCAAAGCUUAAAAAACCUAUUUUUUAACUGACAACAAAAUAUAAUGGCAAGUAGAUAUAAUAGGGAACUUAAGUGGACCGUAACGUUUAAGUAUAGUUUUGAAUGAAUGAUGUGAUAUAAAUGAGAUUUUAAAACUAUGUUAAAAAAUUGUUAUAUAGUACGUAAUAACUAAAAUUGUUGAAUUUGUGAUCCGUACACCAACUCUAUUGACUUGUAAUUAAAACUUGGUUUUGAAAGUAAUAAAUACUAUAUACCUAUUAGGUAUAUGUAUGGCCUACAAAGAACUAUCAUUGCGAUAGACAGGUAGUCUAAGAAAAAUAUGUGACCUAUAAGGGAACCGAACGAGACCACAAAAUAUAUGUUCUAUGGUCAUUGAAUUGUCAAACGUCAAGUUUUCAUAACCAGUACGGAUAUUAUGGUCGUUUUUGUCUAGGUGACAGCGUGAUAAAACGGUGUCCGUCACUUUCUAUCCCACGGAGUUAAAAAGUGACAGUUAUUUCAUCACGUGGAUAAAUGUGGAUAAAGUGAUCCAUAAUACGCCUGCAGAGCAUAAUGUACGCAGUCGCACAGCACCAUCUAGUACCCGUUUAUAAUGUAAAAUCACCUGAGUUUUUCUUAGACUACACUUCUUACACAAACAAUGGAUCUAUGAAACCUAUAAUUGUCAAAAUCUAGUAAUUUUGAUGUUAAAGUCUUCAGAGUUAGUGGCCAGGGGCCUAUUACAUAAUAACAUACAAGCUAAUACUAUUAGUGAUAUUGUAUGGAAAAAUCACUAAUAGUAUUAGCUAGUAUUUUAUUAUGCAAUAGGCCCCAGUUUGACUUGUUCAUGUUCAUUAUGUACUUCUUAUAUACAUGCUUGUUGCUGGCUUCAUAUAGUCUCAAAUUAGGCUAUACGACUGUUUUGUAUAAUAUUGUUCAGUAAUAACUCCAUUAUUCAUUCGUAUACAUUUUAAUUAAACAUACACACACGAAAUUAAAACCAAAAUAUUACUUUAAUAAUCCGCGAGAACGCUUAACGCCUAAUUCUAUUCACUAUACAUGUCGGCGGCCGAUCGUAAGAUCAGACAGAUCGUAAUGUUCCUGUGUUAUGUUUUUGACGAUAGUUACAUUAAAUCAAUAUAUAAGUAGGAUAUUAGGUUCGUUAGGUUGCUUCAGAUGCCCGAAGGGCAAACUGCCCAGAAAUAGGAGCCCCGCGUAGCGGGGUUCCGUCGACUCAGGGAACGAGUCAAAGAUUUUUAACGUUUCACGAUAUGCCUGAAUUUUACGAUAUGCCUGAUCUUACGAUCGGCCGCCGACAUACACACACGAAUUGGUCCAUGCAAUCAAUAAUAAUAAAGUCCAGAUACUAAUGAAAGCAUUUCACAAUAUAUUGCCGCUUUAGGCUAUUUUUCAUCAUAUUUUGAUAAAUUAUAUACGGUACAGGUACACUAUAUUAAAUUUUUGUGAUGGUUAAUACAUUCGGCCUCAAAGUUGAAAAGGAUUAUUAAAUACCUAAUCCCACGUAACAAUAUUGUGAUUAGUUUUGAUCCUUUGUUACGUAACAAUUUAUUAAUUGGGGCAUUAUCUAUGAAAAGGGACCUUAUUGUAGAUGGCGCUUACGCCGCACAGCGUCGCGCGGCAUGGCAUUGCAUUUAUAUAUCGGAGCAUCGUUAAUAAUGGCGUAAGCGCCAUCGACAAUAAGGUCCCUUUUAAUAGAAAACGUCACAAUUAUGCAUAGUUUCUGUUUUUAUUAUAUUUUGACAUUAUCAUGUUACAAUAAUGUAAACAAUACGUACUAAUUACGUCUAUUUAACUUUGAUUUGGCCUAAUUUCAGCCAUAUUUUACAUUAGAAACUGAUAAGUUUCAGGAAAUUUAAAAAACAACUUUUUAGUUAUUUUUCUUUUCAUGCUAAAUACAAACAAAUGUUCAAAAAAAUCUUGUUCCCACUUAUGGCUACUUAUUUUUGUAAUAAAAUCAGCCAAAAUGUGUUUUAAUGGAGCCAAAUAGAAAUAGCUUCCCGGAUAUUUUUAUAUAUUGGACUAAAUGUUAGUGUUUCUUAUGAAUUUAAUUACAAUUUACAUUUAUUUUGAGCUAUGAUAUUGAUUGGGUUUUUAAAAAGGCUCUUUUCUGUUAUUCAAAAUGUUAAUAUACCUAGUGUAAGUAUGAAAUUCAAGAAGGUCUCCAAAAUGGAUUCGAGCCUUUUUUUAAACGCCAUUUUCUAGUAGAGUAAGCGGUCUAUAACCUAUAAUUAUGAAUUCUGUGAUAUAUAGCGUUAUUUUAAGUUAUUUCGUAUGUGAAUGCGUUUAAAUAUGUAAUUUUAUUUGAAAAUAAAGUAAAUGAAAU